AUGACAGAUACGUCCUCCAGCAACGGCUCUAUGAAGGGACCCUCCCCAAAGGAGACUCCACUUGAAAGCUCGAUUACAGGAUCUGACCAGCGCCGCAGCAACAUACCGGCCUGGAAAUGGAGAGGUAGUAUCGGGGUGGUGAUGCUCACGACGGUCAUAAAUGGCUAUGAUGUGAGCAAUGUUGCCAACAUUCAGCCACGUCUGUACGAAGCUUUCGGCAGCAUUACACUCCUCCCAUGGAUAGGACUUUCAUUCAGCUUGGCCGUCUUUGCUGUCCUAUCCUUCUCCCGGAAGAUCUUGUACUGCUUCGACAUGCGAUGGAUCUACAUCUCGAAUAUUGUUGUCUUCAUGGCCGGGGCUGCCGUAGCUGGAGCGGCUCCAAAUCUCCCAUCUGUCAUUGUCGGGCGUGUGAUAAUGGGUGUCGGCGGUGCAGUCGUAUACCAGUGCAACCUGACCUUCGUGGCCGUGUUCGCCACCCCAGCAGAAACCCCCCGUCUCUUCGGCCUCUUGAGCGCAUUAUGGGCCGUAGGCCUAGUAAUCGGAGGUCCCAUCGGGUCCGCGCUCGCGGAAAACAGCCACACCACCUGGCGCUGGGCAUUUUACAUGAACCUCCCGUGGGUCGGACUGGGCCUCGCCAUCGCCAUCCUCUGCAUACCUAGCAAGUACCUCGGCCCCGACAUCCCCCUAACCGCCCGACUCACCAGCAUCGACCCAAUCGGCAUUGCUUUAAACAUGGCCGCUCCCGUUCUCUUCGCCCUGGCAUUAGAAUUUUCCGGUCCCGUCUGGGCCUGGGGCUCCGGUGCCUCAAUCGCCGUCUGGGUAGUGUUCGGGGCCAUCCUGAUUGCCUGGAUCCUCCAACAGUACUACUGCAUCGGAACAACGCCCAACCAACGCGCCAUCCCCGUCCACCUCCUCACCCGCACCGACCUCCUCCCCCUCUGGAUAGCAUCCGGCUGCGCUGGCGCCUCCUACGCCGUAACCCUCUACUACACUCCCCUCUUCUUCGCCUUCGCCCGCGGCCACACCGCCCUCCAACAAACCGUCCGCCUUCUCCCCUUCGUCCUCGUCUUCAUCGCAGUAGUCGUGGUCGUCGGCGGCCUCCUCCCCAUCUUUGGCCGCUACAACCUCAUCUACAUCCUGGCCGGCAUGGUCACAGUCGCCGCCGGCGCCGCAAUGGCCGCAAGCCUUACCCCCACCGUCUCCGAAUCCCAAGUCCUCGGUCUCGAAGCCCUGAUUGGAAUCGGACUGGGCUGUUCAUUCCAGCAUGGCGUCGGGAUCUCAAAUGUGAUCAACAAGGAUCCCAAGGACCGAGUUGAUAGUGCGGUUUUGUUCAAUAUGGCACAGUUUGGGGGUAUUGCGAUUAUUCUUGCGGUCGCGGGGUCUAUCUUUCAGAAUGUGGGCUACCGAUUGCUGACAGAGGCGAUUGGGGGGGAAGGGUACUCCGAGCAUGAGCUUAGGGAGGCGUUGGCAGGUGUGUCGUCUGCGGUUUGGGAGUCAGGGGACGAGCGCGUUGUGGCGAAGGGGGUUGCGGCUGUGGCGGAUGUUCUUGGUAGGGAGUUUUAUUUGGUUGUCGCUGGCGGGGCGAUUUGUUUGGUUUGCGGGUUGGUUAUGCAGUGGGGGAAGUUGGAUUAUGGGAGGGGGAAGGGGAAGGGGAAGGGGGAGAAGGCUUGAUGAGUCGAGUUAGUUAGGGCUUGAGGGUUAAC